GAAAGGAUUACAACUCAAGCAUUCAUUUCUGAAUAAAAGAAAACAAAGACCAGAGGACUCGCUUACAAGAUGCAAACAGUUCAGGAGUAUGGUCCAUUUGCCUUCUAAUACAUCGCUCGUAUCUUACUCUACCACAAGCACGAUGAAUAGCAAUAACAUAAAUACAGGUCAAUCCAUAGAUGAUCAAAGCUAUUCCAAUUUUUAUCUGAAGCUUCCCAAUGGUAACUGGAUGGUUUAUUAUCGUACAAGAGAUCAAAAGAUGAUAAACUCUUUUGAAUUAAAAGGCGAGUUGAUUUAAUCCCUCGCAAAAGAAAAGGGGUACCUUUUUGUGAAUUUAGGAAGUUGAUUGUCUUUGACGUUGCCUUUAUAAUAGUUUAAGAAGAUAUUUAUUAUGAUUUGUAUAAAAGAAGGGAC